GCGCCCACGCUCCCGCCCGCCGCUCCCGGCUGCCGGGGCUGAGGUGGAGCAGAGGACGCCCGCCGGGGCGCGGCGCCGUCGCCUUCUCUGCUCGCGCGUUUGGGGUCGGUGCGGGAGUCGGGGAAGCCAGAAUAUAAUGUUUAAUGAAAAAUCCAUGAUUAAGUGGUGAAAAUGGCAGGCUUCCUAGAUAAUUUCCGUUGGCCAGAAUGUGAAUGUAUUGACUGGAGUGAGAGAAGAAAUGCCGUGGCUUCUGUGGUAGCAGGUAUAUUGUUUUUUACAGGUUGGUGGAUAAUGAUUGAUGCAGCCGUGGUAUAUCCUAAGCCAGAACAGUUGAACCAUGCGUUUCACACAUGUGGUGUAUUUUCCACAUUGGCUUUCUUCAUGAUAAAUGCUGUGUCCAACGCUCAGGUGAGAGGUGACAGCUAUGAAAGCGGCUGUUUAGGAAGAACAGGUGCUCGAGUUUGGCUCUUCAUUGGUUUCAUGUUGAUGUUCGGGUCACUUAUUGCUUCAAUGUGGAUUCUUUUUGGUGCAUAUGUUACGCAAAAUACUGAUGUCUAUCCAGGACUAGCUGUGUUUUUUCAAAAUGCACUUAUAUUUUUUAGCACUCUGAUCUACAAAUUUGGAAGAACUGAAGAGCUAUGGACUUGAGAUGACUUCUUAAAUCACAUUUUCCUUUUGUUAUAUUCUAUUUGUAAAUAAGUUUUUAUCUCCCAAUAUAAUUUACACAUUGCCAAAUGGAAUAGAUUGUACAUUAAAUGUAUUGUUCCUUUAUACUUUCAUGCUGAGUUUUGAAAUAGUUUUAUGAAAUUUCUGUCCUUUUUUUCACUGACUAGAUUGUUAAUAUGUACUUAAGACUAUACAGAUGGGAUGAUGGGUAUCAGUUUUUAGUCCUACAGACUUAAAGCUGGAUCUGCUCCCUGAGUCAGGAUUGUAUCAUCAUGUCAUUUUAGAGUUGACUACUUUGUUUCAGUAUCUCUAAUUUCUGAAGCUGUGCAAAAAAUUCAGCUUGGUAUAUCUGAAAUGAGCACUGAGCCAUUAAAAAGGGUAUUUCAGCAAGUUGUAAUUUAUUUUGGCUUAAAAAUUAGAUUUUUUUAAAGGAAAAAUAUUUGUCCUUACGUAUUAAAGAAGUGGACUUUUAUAUGAAGAUUUUUUAAUUGCCUGAAGGAGAGUCUGAAAGUGUCUUUUAAAAACAAUUCCUCUCAUAUGACUUUAUUUAAAGAGAAGGGAUAAUAAAUACAUGAUCAGAUAAGCUCAGUUUUAUAUGGUUCAUGUAAAAAGACUGUAAGGUAGCUCAGCAAUGUGCUUCUUACAAAAGCAGCUUAAAUAACCUAUCUCCCAGGGUUCUCUUUUGACAGCCUACUAUUAUCUGAUAUUACAAAAUUCAAUAUCAAGCAACUUUGAGACAACUGCAUUUUAAAAAGCAUGAACCA